AUGGAUGCACCACAGCUUGAGGCUGGCUUGCCCACCGCAAACCAGGAAAAACAGUCCCUAGCGGCAGCCUACUCGCCCAGCACACCACACAACGGGCCCCAGCCACAGCAUCGCAGGAAGAUGCAGUCUUCGAGGCGUGUUAUUUUCGCCAUACUGGCCUUGGUCCUCGUCACUCUGGGAGUGGCAUCAGCAGUACCGGCACGGUCAUGGCGUCACGGCCCUUGCGACGCUCAGGAAGUCGAAGGUGUCCGUGUUCAGGCCGAAGGAGGCAAUGAGGAGUCGGGCAGCUUUCCGUGCCUGUUGAACGCUGUAUCGAGCGAGGCUCUGCAUGAUGUUCUGCACCGGUACUUCCCCAACCGCUUCAAGGAUGGCAUCUAUGAGUCCGAUAAGAAUGCGAUGGAGGCCGUCCAUCGAGAAGACGCCUCUCUGGCAACAUCCCUGGUGAAGAUUGCCAAGCGUCAAGGAGGUGGCGGCAACAACACCACCAGCGCCGCGCCCACGACCCCGCAGUCGACGACGCCGACUACCAGACCGGCUUCUACAACUCCCACCACCACUCCGGCUGAGACCACCCCGACAAGCCAAUCACCCACGACCGGGCCUGCUUCUACCACUCCUUCGACAAGGCAAACCACCUCUAGUACGUCACCUCCAACCACGUCGGCUGAGCCGACGACCAGUCAGGGCACAACGACACCUACAAGCACGUCUUCUACCACGCGCGUGCGGUCCUCAAGGCCUGUGACGUCUACCUUCACAUCGACUGCCUCUAAUGGUGGACUGGUUAUUGUUACCCAGACCUCUUACGUGGAUGCCGACCCGGGCGAGGCUACCAGUACCAACCCCGGUGGGAGCUUGCAGACCAACGCAGCGAUGCCGCGCACUCGCAACGUUGCCGUGGAGGCUUUCGCCGGUGUCUUGUUGGGUGGGUUGAUCCUCGUAUAA